UUCCACGGCCAACUUCGUUCGCGCAACAAUGCGCACAACAAACACUUGUCAGUCAGAGUUUGUUAUCCGUUGUAGCUAGAUCGGUUUCGGAAUUUUCUGUUCAAAGCCGGUGGAUCGGUUUCGCGUAAUUCCAAAGGUAGUCUUCCACCAACCAAUUCCUCAGUCCUUCCCAGUACCAUCCAUUUUCGUAUUUUGGUCCAAAGUGUUUUAUUUACUUUUGAGGAUAAGUGCCAUGGAUAUUCCUGAACCACUUCCUUUCAACGUUGUUUACAAUUUGCAGGUGGAAGGUGAUAAGCCCAAAACUCGAUGAUUUCGGCCAGCUUGGAAGGUCGUUUGUCGUACAUGACGUACCCAGAGCCAUGGGGAGGGCCGCCAAAACAGCCCCCAGAAUUCCUUAGGCCAGCACCUAAACCCCUUUCACAAGCAAGCAAAUACAAUGGCGUUACCAUCAGCACCAAUGCAAACGGUGCCAGACUUCUUACGUCCCAGCGGCCGACGGUCGGGAAAUACCCGUCGUCAACCACGACAGCACCGGUCAAUUUGACCUCUUCCUCGCAACAAUCGCCGCUAAAAGAGGAACCAGUCGAUGAUCUCGCGUAUAACGCGUAUUCGCGGUUAUUUCCUCCGCCACCGCACACUUUCGCGCAUUAUCCGUCGCCGUACGCGAUCUAUCAGUCUCCAUACACGCCGUUGCUUCCACGUAAUUUUGCACCACCGCCACCUUUGUCGCCGCUCGAAACACCACCGUACACUCCCACAACACCGUCGGUCGCAGCAACAACGGGAGCAACAUUUUUGUCUCCUUCCGCCACCUUCAGUCCACCUGUGCUAUCAAAAACAAGUCCGCAACAACAACAGCAACACCAGCAGCAGCAACAUGGAACUGUGGUGGUCACAUCCACAUCGGCAUCCUCUCCUGGUUUUAAAAUACCUUCUGGGAAGGAAGGAUCACUUAAACAUCGGAUACUUACCAGACCUGGGGAUAUCCCGAAAAGCGUUACAAGUUUGCAAAAAACAUUGUCCGUGGCCGACUCCACGCCAACCCCAGCUUAUCAUCAUUCGGCGCGCGUGUCUCCUCAGCUGCCGUCCGUUCUGCCUGAAGUGUCGGCGACGCCCCAUAAUCGUAAGCGGCUUUCGGCCGCGUUUUCGCCACCAAGUUCUCCGGCUGCCACCACGAAACCGCUUCUGACUAACAAUAUCGCGUCGGCCAACAACAAUGUACUUCCGAUAAAUAGUUUCGUUAAGGGCGCUCUGAUUCAACUCGCGAACGGUACUUUACGACGAAUCGAGGAAAUGCAAACGGAAGAUUUCGUUCAAUCGGCAGAGAAAAGCGCAGAAUUGAGACUCGCCGACAGUACCGUCGUCAAAAUUGAGGAGACUCCUAGCGCCGGAACAGUCACCAUCAAGCUGAGCUACAACCAGAGACGUGCACAGGUGGAAUUCGAGAGUGCCGCUGAGCAUCCAUUCUUUGUGUAUGGUCGUGGUUGGGCAUCGUUCGCACCAGAACGUACCUUACAAGUAUUCGGACUGAAAGUUCACCGCCUCCAGGUGGGUGACGUAUUGAUCUCUCUUACCCCUCGGGAACCUAGCUGUAGCAGCACUUCUUUCUCUUCCUCCUCCAUAAUAACAACCGCGACGACGACAGCUCCAACGCCGCGACAAUUCCAACAGCAUCAACAAUCUUCAGCCAACAUUCACAUGUUACAUCAUCAUCAUCAUCAACAACAACAAGGCAACAGUAGCAGCACAAACGCACCAACGCCGAUGACUGUAAGCAUCAGUAGCAGUAACAGCAGCGGCGGUCAUCAACCCGGUUACAGUCACAAUUCGCACUAUCAUCUGACCGGUAACAGUGGUAGUUCAAACAGUAGCAGCAAUCUUCUUAAUUUGGUUAUCAGUAAUUCGAAUAAUAAUAACAACGUGAAACCAAUGAACAGCAGUUGUUCGAAUUAUUAUCACAUGAACGCUUCGAACACUCACUUGAGUGGUUCGCACUCGUACAUAAUGAGUAAUCAGAGACUGUCGAACAGCCAUUCUCAGCCAAAUCAGACCGUUUCGGAAUUGAUCGAGUCUGAUGCGUCCAAGAAGAGAAGGUGGUCGGCACCGGAUGAAAUCUGUGAUGAUGAUGAUGAACUACAGACUUCUUCGUCUUCUAAAAAGGUUAAGUUGCAAUAGUUAGAAACACGAGCCAAAGUUGUACUAUACGUUAUAGAUGAUGAUGAUGAUGAUGAUGGUUGUACAUGAAUUAUUAUUUGUUAAUUAACUGUGAGAAUGUGGUACAGAUUUUUCUUUUUUCUUCAAGACAAUGGCCACGACGAGGUCUGAACGAUUUCUAAGUAUUUCUUUUUCAGUUUCGGUUGUUUUUUUAUUUGAGAAAAACAGUUCUCUUUAAUUAGUACAUGCAUAAAUAUAGGUAAAUACAGUUAGUUAUUUUAUUAAUGGAGUUCUUCACCAAGUGUCGCUUAUAUCAGAUGUUGAUCAAUAACUUCUUGUUGUACUGCUGGCAUUCUGUAUAAAUGUUCCACACUCAAAACUGCCACAUUUCUAUAUAUUAUAUAGGAAACGGAAAGGAAACGAUGUGAUUAAAAAACGGUAGAGGCCGAGAUGCUGUGCUGGCAGGGUUAAUUAAUUACUAAUAAUAGUUGGGAUUUACAUGACAAUAUUGGCUGUAGAUUGAGUCGAGUGGGCCAUUGCGGGACCCUACACUCCCUCGCCGUGGUUUACGUAACUAAUUUUUUGGAACGACUAGAGUAUUAAUGAUGAGUGAUAUAUUAUAAAUUCUUACUACCACUUGCAUAAAUCACCUUUCGAUGGCUUUUGUUAUUUCAAUCUACGUUACGUACAUCCCGUUUUUUGGUGCCUUACAGUUUCUCUUUCCAUGUUGAUUUUUGUUGUUGCGAUCUUUUCGACUUAUCGAUUAAGGGUUCACUCUUCCAAAACCGUUUUCUCUGCUAAAUCAUUAUGAUUGAUUUAUUAGCAAAAAGUUGCAUUUCAACUACCUUAUGCAUAUAAGGAAGUGAGAUUAAACGAAUAAAAUUUGUUUAGAAAACAAAAUUUACUUCAACUCGUAACGAAUGACGUUUUGUAGAUUGAAAUAACGGACCGCAGGGUGAUUUGUGGAAUUUCGAUCUCAAGGGAGUCGUGUGAUAGAAUGCUUUUAAUGUUUAAAAAUAAAUUCUCAAAGAUCUGUAUUUUAUUAUUUUCUAUUGUGUAUUUUCAUAAUCGAUAUGAAUGUAAAAUCGAUGCAUGAACUGAUUUAGGUAGAAAGUAGUGAAAGUUACUUAUUACUUUUUAGAGUAUUCAAUAGGGUUGAGUCGUGUCGAUAGUUUCAACAACCUUGAUAUUGUUUAUUAUUAUCAUUAUUAUUAUUAAUAAUAUUAUUAAUUAUUAAUAUUACAUAUUUGCUUUUUAAUGUUGUAUAUUUUUAAUUUCCAUGUGAAUUUUGGCUGUGAUAUAGUAGUGUGUGGUGAAAUGUCGCUUCCCUCCUAUAAAAACAAUCACACAAAAAUGAAGAAAACGAGAAUCCGUGUGAACCAUACACAAAUACGUUAAUUAAUAACAGUUGAAAAUGACGAUACAACAUAUAGGUGCAAUUAAAAAAAACCGUCGUAUUACCUCACAGUGCUUGUAUAACCAGUCGUGGUUGUUUGAAGUUUCAAUAAAUACAUUGCUUUUCCGGGAACGAAGAUAGUAAUUUUUUUAAAGUAAUGGGGGCUGUUCAUAAACCAUAAGGGUUUAGUCACUUUUGACCUUCGUCCCCAAUUGGUCUCCUUGGACCUCCUGCCUACUAGAACAACGUAAUCUUUGUAACAGUUUUGGCCCAAUUUCGUUUUCCUCUCUUCUCUGGUAGUUUGCAAUGUACAUGACUCGGAGUCGAGACAGAAACGAACCUGGACAAAGCCGGAACCGGGACAAAAACGGAACCAAAAAUUUCUACCCUUAAAUUUACUUCCAAGUAUGUUUUCAUUUAAAUUUAGGAACGUCAAAAAUAAAAAAAUAUUCAUUUUUAAUAACAAUGAAAGCAUUUUCUUUCCCGGCAUAUGAUUAAUAAUAAUCUUUUACAAAAGCCUUCCUUCCUCCCUUACGAAGUUUUAUGGACAGCCACCAUGUAGCAAUGGUGAUCAACCAGAUUCGAUCAUUUCAGAAUAACAGUAUUUUUUAGGGGCUGUUCUUAUCAUUUCGUUAUAACUUUAUUUUUAUUUUAUUAAACUAAUUGAAACGUUGAAGAAAGACAAUAUGUAUUUUCAAAAAUGGAGAGGGUGAAAUAAUGCAAAAUGAAACUUAUUAUUAUUAUUUUAAGUACCUAGGGGUAGCGUAUUUACAGAAUUAAUUAAAACAUUCUUUAAUCACAGAAAUCAAACAUAAUAUCUCAUUCUUUUAUAUUGCCUUUUGGUUUAAUUAAUACAGUACUUAUUAUGAAGGGUUGAAAUGCUAAUUAAUGAAUCAAAUCGUUAAGUAUUGCAACAAUUUCUUAACAUAAUACCAUUCGAAUUUUACAUUAAAUAAAAAUGUAUGUACGUAUGGUCAAUUUUUGUUUGUUUACUGUUAGUUGAAUUGUUUCAAAGAUGACUGGUUUUAUAAUGAUAACAGUUUAUGUGAUCGAAUACUGAGUUGAUAAAUAAAUAAUAAAUUCAGUCGUAAAAUGUAAAUGUUUGCGUAUGUUUCUAUUUUAAGUACUAAAGUUCUUUAGAACGUUGUUAUAGACUAAAUUUUCAGUUUUGAUGUUCGCAGUAAGUGUUUACAAUGAAGUGAAUCUUUAUCGAAAAGUAAACAUUUGAAAAUAUUCCAUAAUUCGUUGAUAAAAACGAUAUUUUACUAUUAAUUGGAUAGAUAGUUUAACAGAAAGAGGCGCCCAGAUUGCAUUAAAAUAUAUUUUUUAUCGACCUAUACUCCUAAUAACGUCACAACAACACUGUUACUUUUUCAUUAGAGAUUAGAGUUGGUUGUAAUAAUAGUUACGUUUUGCUUUUAAAUUGCCAUCCUUAUAGACGCUUUCUUGUGUUUAAUUUCUAAGCGAAUUGGUACAAUUACAACGUAAAGGUUUUCUAUGGAAGGUGAUGGGAUAAAUGGGCGAUUUCAAAGUCAAACAAUUCAUUGGUUUCUAAUCAUCAAAUCAAAUUUUGUCAAAUUAUUCAAAGCAAUGUUCGGUUUGCUCAUUUCUUCAAGUUGGACGAUUGACUUUGGUUACAAGCCGUUGUUUCAAUGGAUUCAAUUCUUCGAUCCAAUUGUCCAAUUUCUGGAUUCGACGAUUUACGUAUUUUCGAUAAUUCCCAUUUUUUGGUUUAUCAAUUAAGCCCUUUCUAAUCUCAAGCUAAUUUUCUCGAACUUAUUAAAUUAUUAUUGAUUGUAAUCGUUCCAGCGUUGUCAGUUCGAGCACUCGAUUUUCAAUCUUCUGAUCCGUUCUUUGACGUCCCAUUUAAUAAAAUUCAGUUAAUUAUCAUUUAUACAUCAAAAGAGAUUACUGUUUGAUGUGAGAAAAAUAAGUUUAGCAAUUAAUGAGUUAUUUGAUUUUAAAGUUGUCCAUUUAUUCUAUGCAUCACCCUCUGUAAUAUUGGUGCUAAACUAUAAUACAUAGUUUCGUUUCUUUCCUAGGCAGAGUCUAAAAUGAAAUAAUCAAAAUGAAAUUGUAACUGGGUAUUUUUUAUACAUGCAGUUUGCAAAAUUAAAUUAAUUUUAUAUUAUACAAGGUGAUUGGUGAUUGAAUCAAACGAAAACCACGGUAUUGAUCAUGAAAGAAUAUAUACAAUGUAUAGCGUUACCAACGUGUAUUAAUAACAUUUAAUUUAUUGAUUAUCCUAUAAUUUUUUAAUCAGUUUUCUGGCCCUCUAAGCGAAAACAACAAAGUUUCGUUCGUGCUUAAGGCAUUUUUUAAAUGUUUAUACACAAGUUCUGGUUCUGAUUUUGAUUAAGUUGAGUUAGUGGUCAUGUCUUUCAAAUAUAUCUACAAUUAUUUCACAUUUCCGGCUUCAUUACCAAUCACGCUGUAUGUAUGUAUGCAUAUUAUUAUUAUUAUAUAACUUAUGACUUUCCGAAAUGGUUUUUUUUUGCCCAUAGGAGUAAAAAUUACAAAGAGAUUCGCACUACAUAUUGUAUGGCCAACUUCCGUAUUUUGUACAUUUUAUGUUAAUUAAUUAUUUUUGUUUUAAAGUAAUAAUCAUUGUACUGACAGUGUGUUUUGCUGGUCAACAGGGACGAACAUGAUUAAGUAAGUGCCUUGAGGUAGAUACAAAAAUAAUGUCUGCCCUUUAGUUUUUAUCAGUGCUUGUAAUUGUACAGAUGUGUUAUUUUAUGGAUAUAUUAUAUAUGUACAGUGUGCCAUUGUCGAUAUGUUCAAACUGAGGCCGGAUGGCGGUGCAGUCAAUAAAUAAAGUAUAUAUGUAGCUCA